GAAGGAAGCUAGAGGCUGAGCUGUAAUGCCUUUAUAAGUAGAUUAGAAGUGUCCAAGUCCCUUUUCUACCUUCUCCAUUACCGACUUUAUUUUUUCUUUCCACAGAUCUUCUUGGUGCAGUGAAAAGUACUACCCUGCAUAAAAGAUGUGUGAUCAGACAUUUUUAGUUAAUGUAUUUGGUUCCUGUGACAAAUGUUUCAAGCAAAGGGCUUUGAGGCCAGUUUUCAUCCGAUCUCAACAACUCAGCUACUGUUCAGUAUGUGCAGCAUUGAUGGCAGCCGAGGGGCUGCACGAGAACGAGACCCUGGCAUCUCUGAAGAGCGAGGCGGAGAGCCUGAAGAGCAAAUUGGAGGAGGAGCGGGCCAAGCUGCACGAUGUGGAGCUGCAUCAGGUAGCUGAACGGGUGGAGGCUCUGGGUCAGUUUGUAAUGAAGACAAGAAGAACGCUCAAGGGCCAUGGGAACAAAGUCCUCUGCAUGGACUGGUGUAAAGACAAAAGAAGGAUUGUGAGCUCUUCUCAGGAUGGGAAGGUGAUAGUAUGGGAUUCCUUCACAACUAAUAAGGAACAUGCAGUGACUAUGCCCUGUACCUGGGUGAUGGCAUGUGCCUAUGCCCCAUCAGGAUGUGCCAUUGCCUGUGGUGGCUUGGACAAUAAGUGUUCUGUGUAUCCCCUGACUUUUGACAAAAAUGAAAAUAUGGCCGCCAAAAAGAAGUCUGUCGCAAUGCAUACCAACUACCUUUCAGCCUGCAGCUUCACCAACUCGGAUAUGCAGAUCUUGACUGCAAGUGGGGAUGGGACCUGUGCCCUGUGGGACGUGGAGAGUGGACAGCUUCUCCAGAGCUUUCACGGACAUGGAGCCGAUGUUCUCUGCCUGGAUUUGGCACCUUCAGAAACAGGAAACACCUUUGUGUCUGGGGGAUGUGACAAAAAAGCCAUGGUUUGGGACAUGCGCUCUGGCCAAUGCAUCCAAUCAUUUGAAACACAUGAAUCUGAUAUCAACAGUGUCAGAUAUUACCCCAGUGGAGAUGCCUUUGCUUCUGGUUCAGAUGAUGCUACGUGUCGCUUGUAUGACCUCCGUGCUGACAGGGAGGUGGCAAUUUACUCCAAAGAGAGUAUUAUAUUUGGAGCAUCCAGUGUGGAUUUCUCACUCAGUGGUCGCUUACUGUUUGCUGGUUACAAUGAUUAUACCAUCAAUGUCUGGGAUGUAUUGAAAGGAUCAAGAGUAUCCAUCCUGUUUGGACAUGAAAAUAGAGUUAGUACCUUACGUGUUUCACCUGAUGGAACUGCUUUCUGCUCAGGAUCAUGGGACCAUACCCUGAGAGUCUGGGCUUAAUCUGUAAUAUGUCUCCUAUCAAAAAAAAUAUGUAUCUCCUAUCAAUGCAAGCUAAUAUAUUGGAUAAGUUAUGGAAUAUAAUUUGAAAUACUCACCUGCAAUUUCAUAUGCUGAGGAAACACUUUGAUAGUUGAAACCCAUCAGAUGUCUCUGUAUGUCAUCCAACAUUAAUAUUUAAAAUCUGUCUACUAGAGAUUAUAAGCCUAUACUGCUUUGAUAGUAUCAUCUUAAAGUAUAAUUCUUUCUACUCUUGAUUUUAGCUACCUUUCUACUCUUGAUUUUAGCUAACUUUAAUUAGAAAUUAUUUAGACAACUGUAAAUUAAGCUUUUCUCUGAAAGCAUUCUAAGACCAAAUUUAUUAUUUAGCAUAUCCUAUACAAUUUGCACUAAUUUAAUUCAUUUUAGAGCAAUUUUUUAAAAAAAUCAGCUACUGAUUGUAUCUGGAUACAGCUUGACUCUUGAAAGAUUCCUGUGAAAAAUUAUGGAUUGCAGGUAAUAAGUUAAAAAAGAAAACAUUUUGGAUGGUUUGUGAUGCAGUGUUGUUGGAAGUUUAUCCUAAAAUGACCAUAUAGUAUCAAUUAUAAAGAGAAAAGUCUAGUGAUGGGGUCCUUCUUAUCAUUAAGAAUGACCAAAGAAUCCUUUCCAUCCUUUCUACUUAUCUUUUUAUAAGAAACAGUUUUCACUAGUGUGAACUGAAUUCAAUAAAGCACGAACAUAUAUAGGAAAGUAUAUGACCUUCAUCUGAGGUCCCUGCCUCUACUUUCCCUUCCCCCCUUCUAUGAGGGAUUGGAGAAAGCCUGAGGACCCCUUUUCCAAAGUCACCUGUGUAUCUGUUUGCAAGGAAAUAAAGAGAUUAGCUCAUGAGAAUAUUCAUCUAGGGCAAGUGCCAAUUCCACACAGUUUAUAUUCCUUGCAAAGUUAAAAACCUUAAAAAUACAUAAUAUUAAUAAACUUCAUAAAGCUCUAAGCCGCUAGACAAUCCCCAGGUUAAAAAGGAAGUAUUCCAACCAGUUGAGUUUGGUGUAUCAGUUAUCCCCAGGCUUCUAUCCACCCCUUAUCACACUUUCUCUAGCAAAACACCAACUCAGGACGCAAUUUAAAAAAAUUUAUCUUUACCUAGAAAUCCAUCAUUAAAAAUACAAAUAACCUGUCAGCAAAAUUUUAAAUGGAGCAAACAGAAAUAAAACCAGUAAUAAACCAUGCUGUCCAUUGCAAUAAAAGUAGUGGAAGAAACAGAGAGGAAUAAAUCUACAAUUGUUCCAGAAGUGUCUUCAUGUAGAUAUCAUUCAGACACUCCCUGAUAGAUUCUCUUAAUCUGAUCAACAAACCAGGAAAAAAUAGAGGCUCCACCUACAAGUCUUAGAGUCAGUCUUGGCAGCCUUCACCUGUUAUUGGCCACAGCCACUGGUCAUUCUCUAGGGGUGAUUAUUAUCUCCAACUCUGCAUUUCUCUUCAGAGAGAUCUAAACGCUACCUCUGCAUCAGAAAAACUCUGCCCUCUAGUUCUGAUCAUGAGAUAGCUUCUUCUCUUCUCCAUCUGGGGAGAACUAUGACUUCUGGAUCUUUAGGAAGGAUACCAAUCCAGACCUCAUCUGAGUGACUGUUAGGUAAUGCUCUCUUCUUAAGUAUUUUUAUCCUUUUUGUGCAUUUGUUUUCAGUUGAAGGAGAUAAGGUCAGUGCUAAGCACUAGUGUAUUUGUGAUGCUAUUUUUUCCCACAAUAAUCAAAAUCUUUUUCUGUAGAAAGAGAAAAAAAAAGGAAAACUUUAAACUAGUAUUAGGUUUAUGUUUUUAUAAAUACUAUUUCAUUCAGAUGUAUUCCACGUAUAAAAAUUUGAUUCAUGUGAAGUAUUUGUUGAAAGUGAGUCAUAUUAGCUAACUGAGGAUUUCUAAAUCAUGAGUAACUUCCCUGUGUGUUUAGAUCUAAAUCAAUCAACAGUUAUUUAUUAAUUGCUGAGCCCUGGGCAUUCAAAGACAAAAAAAAAAAUCUGUCAUCAAGGUACUUACAUUCAAUCAGGAUUAUAAAACCUUCAGAUGCUUAUUUAAAAUAUACAUAAUCCACAAAAGAAAAUGAAAUACUUUUAUUAAAUUGUCUUCUUUUAGAUACUACAGGCAUACUGUUUGCUUAAGGAGAAACUCCUCCCAAUUGGGCUGGAUGACUCAGCCUUUGGAAAUAACCAGUUCCCGGACACCUAAAAAUACUGCCUAGGAUCUGUAGGUAGAUGCUAGGUUCAGAAGCUGAAUAUAUUCCCUGUGGAGGAUAUCUGGAAUCAUGUUCUGCAGCUCUGGAAACUUAACUCUGGGUACUUGCCAUGGCUAAGUACUAAUUACUUAUUAUAUCACUCCUCUCAACACUACGCCAGGACUUAGCAUCAAAUGGCCACUCCAAAAGCAAGGUUCAUACAUACCUUUUUUAAAACAAAAAUUUUUACUUUAUCUCCUAUUUUUACUUCACCAAAAGUUCACCCAGUAUCUCUCUCCUUCCUCCCUCCCAAAGAGCUAUCUCAUAUAACAAAGAAUUAUUUUUUAAAAAAGGGGGAGAGAGACAGAGACAGAGACAGAGAGAGAAUCAGUAAAACUAAUGAAUACAUUGAGGAAGUCUGAAAAUAUAUGCAAUGUUCCACACCCAUAGACCUCCCACCUCUGCACCUCCCACUUCUCUGAGAGAAGUGUCCUCUCAUAUCUCUUCUUUGGUGUCAUGCUUGAUCUCUGCAAUGGGUAGGACAUAUAUUCUUAACCAAACAAAGGAUAGAAGCAAUUACAAAAAGAAAAAAUAAAUUAUUUUGAUUACA